CCCCCCUCGCCUCACCUCACCAUCUCAUCCUUCCCUCCCUCCCUUCAUAUACCUCCACCCUCUCCCCUUUAACGACUUCUAUAAUGUCCGUUCAGCAUCGUGGUCCUCCCCCUAUCGACCGUCCGCUCGCAAUGGAUCGUGAUCCCAGGGAGAUGCGCGAUCCCCGCGAUCGCGAUCGCGACCGAGAACGCGAGCAUGUCCAAGCCCCACCCCACCACCAUCAUCAUCACCAUACACACCAUCAUGCUCCGACUCACGCAAUCCCUACCCCGACAGCGAUGCAUGCUGCUGCCGCGGCGGUGGUGAAUGGUCCUCCACCACCGCAGCAUAUGGUUGGUCCACCCUCUGCGGGCCCUGAUCCUCGUGCGAGAGACUAUCCUCUUCCCCCGCCACCGGGAGUCCUCAUGGAUAAUCCUGGUGGACACCAUCAUUCCCUCCCCCCUCCGCAACACCUGCACCAUGUGUUGCCCCCGCACGUACAUGUUCAUCCUGGCCCACCGCCGCAGGGGCCUGCCAUGGCGUACGGUCCCCCACCGCCAGGGUUCGCACAGCACCAACAUCAUACUAUGGCGCCUAUCUCCGGGCUGGCGGACCACACGGAUCUCGAGGCUCUCCUACGCUCGGGAAGGCAGGAUGAAUGGAAUGCGCCCAGGGCAAUAAGACGACCCAGCGAAAUUCCAGUUAUCAGGGAACUGGACAAGGCAGAUCAUGACACAUGGUGUCAGAUCGGCGCAAUGGCAGAACAACUGAGCGAUCUGGAUCGCGCGAUGGAAUGUUAUCAGAAAGCGUUGAGGUACGAUCCCGAGAGCAAGCGCGCGUUCUCCCAGCUCGGAGCUAUCGCUCGUGCGAAAGAGGACUUCCCAAUGGCUGUGGACUACCUCAGUCGCGUUCUCUCCCUCGAUCAACAGAAUGGCGAGCUGUGGAGCGCACUCGGCCAUUGUUAUCUUAUGCUCGAUGUGCUUCCCAAAGCCUAUUCCUCUUACCAGCAAGCCCUGUACUGCCUUGCAAGUCCAACAAAUGUCAAGCUCUGGUACGGCAUCGGCAUACUCUACGACCGCUAUGGCUCGCUCGAGCAUGCAGAAGAAGCAUUCACCUCCGUCCUUAGGAUGGAAGAAGGUAAACCGUCGUCAUUUAACACGAACGAGGUCUACUUCCGUCUGGGAGUCAUCUACAAGCAACAGCAUAAGCAUGACCAGAGCUUGGAGUGUUUCCAACGGAUUGCGGAAGAUCCGCCCCAACCAUUGAGGCCCUCAGACAUCCUUUUCCAGAUUGGACACGUCUAUGAGCAGAAGGGCGAUUACGAUCGCGCUCGAUCGGCAUAUGAACGCGUCCUUCUCGACGUGCCGAAUCAUGCAAAAGUCUUGCAGGAACUGGGCUGGUUGUUCUUCCAGUCCCAUACAUCGUUCCACAGUAUCGACAACGCUAUCGAAUGUCUUACGCGGAGUCUCGGUGCUGGGAGCUUGAACGAUGAGAGCGACGCUCAGAGUUGGUAUCUGCUUGGACGAGCAUAUAUGGCUGCGGAGAAGUAUAACAAGGCAUACGAGGCGUAUCAGCAAGCUGUGUACCGGGAUGGCCGGAAUCCGACAUUCUGGUGCUCUAUCGGGGUGCUGUAUUACCAGAUCCAGCAGUUCCGAGACGCGCUCGACGCAUACUCCCGCGCGAUCCGUAUAAACCCCUACAUCUCCGAAGUCUGGUUUGAUCUUGGUUGCCUGUACGAGUCGUGCAACAACCAGAUCUCGGACGCGAUCGACGCGUACAAGCGCGCACUCGAGCUGGACACCGAAAACCAAGGGAUUAAGGACCGACUCAGGCUCUUGGAAGAUCACAAGUCGAGUGGCGGUCCUCCUCCCCCGCCUCCUCCUGUCCAAGAUGUGCAUCCAACAGCUUACGCCAGUAUGCAGGGACAGCUUGGCCCACCGAAUUCUCUCGGCCUUCCGCUGAGCCUUGGUGUCCCGUCACCCCGGUAUCCGGUACACGGGGGUACCGCUCUCCCGCCUAUCAUGUCCGGGCCGGGAAUGGCCCCACCUGGGCACCGAAUUAACUCCCCCUCCUAUGGUCAGGUUGAGAUGUAUCGUCAGCCCCACAUGGCGAACGCCGAGAACUCAAGAACUGGAAUGGCCCUCGCACCGAUGGAUAUUGACCGUGCUGGUCCUCCUCCCGCGCACGCCUCUGCGCUCCCCAGCAUGCCCCUCGAGCCGCCUUAUGGUCGCCCACCCCAGUCUGCGGGGGAGAUGCACCCUCUCCAGCAGGCGCAGAUGCAGCAUCCGGCUCCUCAGCCUUCCCGUGGACCGUACGAACAGCAGCCACAGCAGAGGAUGGAACAACAUCGGCCUCCUCCGCGUGUGAGCCCGCCUGUACGCACGCACUCGGCGGCACACCACCAGCAUUCGGGCAGCUACUCGUCCCACCAUGCUCUGCUCAACCCAUCCACUCCCCCGGCUCACCCUCAGCAGUCGCCACAAUACCCACCGCCGCAGGGGUAUCGUCCUCCCCCGUCGGAGCGGGACCAUCCGCCUGCGUGGGAUCAACGUGGACCUCCUUCCGCUAGACCAGGGUACGAUAUCCCUCGCCCGGUGUACGACACUCCCGCCCCGCCGGGGAUGCGUGACCGCGAAAGGGAACGCGAACGUGAGGGCAGGGAGAGUGAGCUCAGCACCCCUUACAGAGGGUAUGACUCUCGCCGUCCGCCGUCGCCUAGAGAUAUGAGGCGGCCUGAGGUAAGGCCGCCUGUCGUCCAACAGCAGCAGCAGCAGCAAGCGCAACAACAGCCAGAGCCUGGUUGGCAGUCAGGUCCUCCCAUGCCCCAGCAGCCUGUCCUCCCUCCUAUGCCGACCCCUACCGCUCAGACGAAGAGGUACGAUCCGCUCCACGACAGUGCGGAAGAUGCGCGCAGACGGGAAGCUGAGAGACGUGAGGCACCCCCUCCGGAUCGGAUGGACGUAGACCGUAUGCCCCCGCCUCGUGUUGUCGUCAAGCAGGAGCCUCGGACCGUGUUAAGCGUCACGGCUGAGACAGACUCUCGCAUGGACACUGCUAGCCCGCCCCUGAAGGAGGACAAGAAACGCAAAUCGCGUGGGGUGAAGGACAACGAGUCUGAUACUGGGAGUCAGAAGAGACCGCGUCGCUCAAACCCUCGCAGCAAGAAGGAAGAGAAUGGCUCGUCUCCCGCGCCGUCGAGGAUGCGUAGCAGGCAGAAGGAUUCUCCUGGGUCGAACCCAAGCUCGAACUCGAAUGGCCGUAGGGCCUCGCGCGCUUCUGCCACACCGUCGUCCACAGCACCCCCUCCCGCACCGGUUUUAAGUAGGGUCGUAAAUGAAGACUAUGACGAAGGAGUCGCCGAGACCCUCAUGAAUCUUUCGAAGCCACGCCACGACCCCAUCAUCAGUCCCACACGCUCUGAACACGGGGUACCAGUAAUGAACCACACACCAGUCGGACCCCCUCUUCCCCCUGCCCCAUUGCCACUUCCUGUGCAUGCUCCUGCUCCCGUUCUCGCUGGUCCCCUGCCGCCCAUGAUCUCCCCUCCUCACAGGCCAGUCAAGAACUCGCCCACCGCAUCUAUUCACGGACCUGAACGUCCCCCACCCGUGUCGAGUCCGGCCUAUUCUCUUCCUGAGCGCAACUCGAAACAGUUCGGACCGUCACCUCCCCCUCCCCAUCGGAUGUCCAUUUCAUCCAUGCCCUCCUCGAAGCCGCAGUCACCUCUGGGGACACGUACGACCCCCUCCAGCGUACAGUCGCCUCCAGGCGCCGCUGUUCCCCCGCCUGUCUUUCAUGGGCCACCUCGACCACCCGAGAUGGUCGGGGCCGAGUUGACCAGGUCAAUUCCCCCAUCUACUUCUCCUGUUGCAGUGGUCAGCCCAACUACUUCCAGGACUGAAACGCCGAACGGUCCAUCUAACCCUCGCAAGCGCCCGACGCCGCCGAGUCCCAUCCCGGACUUCGGGAUGAAACGUCAGAGGUUGGAUGUUCCUUCCCCACCUCGGGCAGCCGAGCCUGCACCUACGCCCACUCCAGUGGCACUCGCAGCAAUCGCGCCUCCUUCCCCUCCUCGUUCUCCUCCUCCUAUUGCUACCCUCCAAGACGUUUCUUCUCCUGAAUCGACUCGCAGCCGCAGCCCAGGCGACCCAUCUGAUCAACUGAUGGACUCGCGCAACUCUCCCGCCGUUCCUCCCGUCAGCCCACCUACCGAUGUCGCAAAGGCGGCGGCCGCUCCCGCUAUGGAACGUGUCGUGCUCAAGGCUGUCGACGUUACGGGACCCACCAAGGCUGCUACAAGCGACCCGCCCGAAGAAGACAGCCCUAUGGACAUGGGUGAAUAGACCUCGAACACCAGAAAAACCUGGUCAUGAGAAGAAAAUUCUUAAUCAGCAGCAUCCCGGUUAUGAGUACUCCACGCCCAUUUUCUUGCUCUUCCAUCAUUCAACGAUGUUGACGAUACAGCUCAAACAAAUCAAAUUUCCUUCAUUGUGCUAGUGUGUUGUCGUGUAUUCUUCUGCUUUCCAUGCUGGCUCAUGCUAGAAAUCCAUCCCCGUGUGUCCAUAGGUGUUUGUGGUAGGUUCACAUGAAAUACGAGUCGCUCAGUAAAA